UAGUGAAUGGUUUCGAACGGUGCUCAUGCGCACGCGCACUUCAGACCGGGCUCGUGCUUGUUUUCCAAGCCUCGAGUCUUCGGGCUUUGUCGUUCACCUCCGUGGCUAGUUGUUGCUCGUCUGAGAGGUCUGAACGAUGAUUGACAAUAAUGGCGACGCGUUUAUUCUGAGUUGACUCCAGGGAACCAUCUCUGGCUGACAAAGGGAAUAUCUUGGAUAUAUUUUCAGCACCACGGACACCAACAAUAAGGAUACGCCUCCACCAAAAGGACUACAUUUACUUCAACGAUAAGGACUAGCUAGCCGGGAGAGGUUUUUCAGCUAGCAUUGCGAUAGCUAGCAACUCGGCUCGUUAGCUUGCUAAGUUGAAGAGGUGGCAUUCUUGUGUGUGGAGUGGAGGAGAGAGACAGCUUGCAGAGUGCUGAGAUUUGGCUAAGCUAACAAUGUGGCUACUUAUAAGGUUUUGGGGGUAAUUUGUUUUAUUCCAUGAAGCAACAUUGAGGAGGCUCGAGCUUGCAACCAGCGUUAGCUUGUAGGAAUAGUUUUAAGGGUCCAACAGCCUCCUUAGGUAGCUGAGUAAGCUAACAGGCUAGCUUUGUGGAUUGUUCGUUUCUCUCCUGUUAGGACUUGCUUUGGAAACUAUUCUCCAGUGCUAACCGCAGCUGGCUAGCAACGGCUGCUAGCUUGCUAACUAUCUACAAUAUAGAGUAAAAUUGCAAUCCCGGUACUUAAAUGACCACCGGCAGGAAUAACCGAGCGAUGAUGGAAGGAGUUGGAGCGAGAGUGGUCCGCGGACCUGACUGGAAGUGGGGGAAGCAGGAUGGUGGAGAGGGACAUGUCGGCACCGUCAGGAGUUUUGAAAGUCCAGAGGAGGUGGUGGUUGUCUGGGAUAAUGGGACUGCUGCGAACUACCGUUGUUCUGGAGCUUACGACGUGAGGAUAUUAGACAGCGCUCCAACAGGCAUCAAGCAUGAUGGAACCAUGUGUGACACCUGCCGUCAACAGCCCAUCAUCGGUAUCCGCUGGAAAUGUGCUGAGUGCACCAAUUAUGACCUUUGCACAACCUGUUACCAUGGAGACAAGCAUCACCUGAGGCAUCGGUUCUACAGGAUCACCACCCCAGGCAGUGAGAGAGUACUUUUGGAGUCACGACGCAAGUCAAAGAAAAUCACAGCCAGGGGGAUCUUCACUGGUGGCCGGGUGGUGAGAGGAGUGGACUGGCAAUGGGAAGACCAAGAUGGAGGCAAUGGAAGGAGAGGAAAGGUGACAGAGAUCCAGGACUGGAGUGCAGCCAGCCCUCACAGUGCUGCCUAUGUUCUUUGGGAUAACGGGGCCAAGAACCUGUACCGAGUUGGCUUUGAGGGGAUGUCUGAUCUGAAGUGUGUCCAGGAUGCCAAAGGAGGUUCUUUUUACAGAGACCACUGCCCCGUUUUAGGUGAGCAAAAUGGCAACAGAAAUCCUGGUGGUCUCCAGAUUGGGGACCUGGUCAACAUCGACUUAGACCUUGAAAUUGUUCAGUCCCUCCAACACGGCCACGGCGGCUGGACUGACGGCAUGUUUGAGACGCUCACCACCACCGGCACAGUAUGCGGCAUCGAUGAAGAUCAUGAUAUAGUUGUUCAGUACCCCAGUGGGAACAGGUGGACAUUCAACCCAGCAGUGCUGACAAAGGCUAAUGUAGUGCGCAGCGGUGAGGUAGCAGCCGGGGCAGAGGGAGGCAGUUCUCAGUUCCUAGUGGGAGACCUGGUCCAGAUUUGUUACGACAUCGACCGCAUCAAGCUGCUACAACGAGGCCAUGGAGAGUGGGCUGAGGCCAUGCUGCCUACCCUAGGCAAGGUGGGCCGUGUGCAGCAGAUCUAUUCUGACAGUGACCUGAAGGUCGAGGUUUGUGGAACCUCUUGGACGUACAAUCCUGCUGCUGUCACUAAGAUUGCCCCCUCUGGCUCUGCCGUCAGCAAUGCUUCUGGAGAGCGUCUGUCUCAGCUGCUGAAAAAACUGUUUGAGACACAAGAGUCUGGAGAUAUUAAUGAAGAGCUGGUCAAAGCAGCUGCUAAUGGAGACUUGGCCAAGGUGGAGGACAUCCUUAAGAGACCUGAUGUUGAUGUGAACGGGCAGUGUGCUGGACACACUGCGAUGCAGGCAGCCAGUCAGAAUGGUCACGUAGACGUCCUUAAGCUGCUCCUCAAACACAACGUGGACCUUGAAGCCGAGGACAAAGAUGGAGACCGGGCAGUGCACCAUGCAGCCUUUGGUGAUGAGGGCUCUGUCAUUGAGGUGCUGCAGAGAGGCGGUGCUGACUUGAAUGCCAGGAACAAGCGAAGGCAGACUCCAUUACACAUAGCUGUUAACAAGGGCCAUCUGCAGGUGGUCAAAACCCUGCUGGACUUUGGCUGCCACCCCAGCCUGCAGGAUUCAGAGGGGGACACACCCCUGCACGAUGCCAUCAGCAAGAAGAGAGAUGACAUGCUGUCGGUGCUGCUGGAGGCAGGUGCUGAUGUCACAAUCACCAACAAUAAUGGCUUUAAUGCUCUUCAUCACGCUGCCCUGCGAGGAAACCCCAGUGCCAUGCGUGUGCUGCUGUCCAAACUGCCGAGGCCUUGGAUUGUGGACGAGAAGAAGGACGAUGGCUACACCGCACUGCACCUUGCUGCCCUCAACAACCAUGUGGAGGUGGCUGAGCUGUUGGUGCACCAGGGCAAUGCCAGCUUAGACAUCCAGAACGUCAACCAGCAGACGGCCUUACAUCUGGCAGUGGAGCGUCAACACACCCAGAUAGUCCGGCUGCUGGUGCGUGCAGAGGCCAAGCUCGACGUGCAGGACAAGGACGGGGACACGCCGCUUCAUGAGGCACUGCGUCACCACACACUGUCCCAGUUGCGACAACUUCAAGAUAUGCAGGACGUCAGCAAAGUGGAGCCCUGGGAACCCUCCAAGAACACAUUAAUCAUGGGCCUGGGCACCCAGGGGGCAGAGAAGAAGAGCGCAGCAUCCAUCGCCUGCUUCCUGGCAGCCAACGGAGCCGACCUCACCAUUCGUAACAAGAAGGGCCAGUCCCCUCUGGACCUGUGUCCCGACCCCAGCCUUUGCAAGGCUCUGGCCAAAUGUCACAAAGAGAAGAGCAGCGGCCAGGUGGGCACCCGCAGCCCGUCUCUGAACAGCAACAUCGAGUCGCUGGAGGAGUGUAUGGUGUGUUCGGACAUGAAGAGGGACACUCUGUUUGGACCCUGCGGACAUAUCGCCACCUGCUCCCUAUGUUCACCGCGUGUCAAGAAGUGUCUCAUCUGUAAGGACCAGGUCCAGUCAAGAACCAAGAUUGAAGAGUGUGUAGUCUGCUCUGACAAAAAGGCAGCUGUGUUGUUCCAGCCCUGUGGUCACAUGUGCGCUUGUGAGAACUGUGCCAGCCUCAUGAAGAAGUGCGUACAGUGCCGGGCUGUGGUGGAACGCCGCACUCCCUUCGUUCUGUGCUGUGGAGGGAAAGGUAUGGAGGAUGAUGCCGCUGAUGAUGAUGAUGAUGAUGAUGAUGAUGAUGAUGACCUUACAGGGAGCUCUAACACUAUGGCAGGGGGAUCGCAGGAUCUUCUCCAGCCCAACAAUCUGGCUCUAAGUUGGUCAGCAAGUGGAAACAUCCCAGCUCUGCAGAGAGACAAAGACAACACCAACGUCAAUGCUGAUGUGCAGAAGCUACAGCAGCAGCUCCAAGACAUCAAGGAGCAGACCAUGUGUCCCGUGUGUCUGGACCGGCUGAAGAACAUGAUCUUCAUGUGCGGCCACGGCACCUGCCAGCUGUGCGGGGACCGAAUGAGCGAGUGCCCCAUCUGCCGCAAGGCCAUCGAGCGCCGCAUCCUCCUCUACUAGACCCCCAAACACACCCCCUCCUUCCCCAAGGACUGUUUCUCUCUUUUCUCUUAAGGCCCAUGCUGACCACGCCCGCUAUGCCACAAUCACACCAGCUGCUGCUGCUGCUGCUGCUCGAUCAUCCUCACAGCACCCAAGUCAGCCAGCCAAGGGCGUCCUCUCAUGUCUUAUUGGACACGACAGAUGAUCUGUUGAUGGUUUGAUUGUGUUCUGAUGGAGUACCUGUUACAAAACAUGGAGAAAAAACUGAACUGACUUUAUCACUUUAGCUGUUCUGUCAUCAUGUGUCCUAUCUGCAGACAGAAAGAUGCUUGCAACACAGACGUUGCCUUUUUUUCUUAAUUUUUCUCUCUGCCUGCCAUAUUCUUUUCUUCCUUCUGUGUCCUUUUUUCUUGUGAAGCUUCUUUUCUUAUCGGGUUGAUCAUGGCUCUUUGAGACUCACGUUCCUGGAUGUUAACUGUGGCUGCAAAUCCUGAAUCUGGAUUUCUUCUUCUUAAAAGAAACAGAAAAUUCAGAAAUGAAGAGUAUGCGAUUUGGAGGUCGACCUGUUACUUUUCAUGUGAAGUUCUCAUGCAUCUGUCGCGGUCAGUGCCAGCUGCAGUCAGCUUUUAUUGUGUUUGUAAAUCUUUAUGCAUGUGUUUGGGUAUUGGAAGCUCCAGAUGUGGAUUUUUAAGUGCUUCAGUUUUCAUGACAGUAUGGCAAGCUUGUGACACAUUACUGUUUUUGCACCACUUCAAGUGUUUAAGCUUCAUGUCGGCUGGCUGCUGUGGCUCGGCCUACACCGGCUGGCCUCUAAAGUUUAAGACCAGAUGUUGGUGGUUUUGCACUAGAAAAGCUGAGUCAGAAUCUGUGCUGUUUUCUGACUCGAGAGGUCCACUUCAGCUCGGUGAUAAAGCAGGGAGUUGUAACUGCCAGGUAGCAACACCACACCCACACUGUUUACCAAGCAAGAACAACGGCAGUGUCGCAACAUCUGUUUGAUUGUGAACGAUUUGAGAAGAGUCACCAAGCACUCAUUCAGCUUCUGUCCAGUGAUUUGUCUUUCACACAAACUCACACGAUGCAAACACUUCUGUAACGAGUAUCCUGUCACAACUUGGUGUUAAACUUUCAACACUUGGUGGUAUUGUCGAUGAGCGUUGCUAUUUUACCAUUGAUGACUCUGUGCCAUUUGCUUCCAAAAAUUGACUUGUGAGUUAACAUGUAUGGGGAUAAGGUGCUCUUCUUUAUUCUGUAUUACUUUUUUAUUUAAGUGUAUUUUCCUUUUAUCAAAAAUCAACAUUUAUUGAGCUAGAGAGUACAAUCUAUUAGAAGACUAAGAUAAAAAAAAUGUAGAUUAAAUUAUUUUGUAUUGCUGCCCAAAAAGAUAGGAUUUAUAGGUCUCACUGCCUUCCUGAUAUGUAGCCUCAAAAUCUCUCAAACAUUCUGCUUUGAUAUCAACGUUUGUGAUGUUUUCUGUUCACUUUCUGUCAGCUCGGCUUUCUAGCAAUCAUCUGCAGAAGCAUUUUCUCUCUAAAAUAGGUCUCUGAAAGCCUACUGUUUAUGUGUAAAACAAAAAAAAAGACAUUUUGUUGUCAGAAGUGUCAAGUAUCUUUUCACCAGUGUUUUAUUUGGGAGGAAAGCUAAUGAAUUUUUAAAGAGACAGAAAUUGCCUUACCUCUUUUAAAGGCAGUUGCCCGUGUGGAGUCUGAGCGAGGUGGCUCGCUUGCUUUGCUCGUGGGAAUUUUGCAACAGUGUACAAGCAUUUUUUUUUUCCUUUUUAAAGACUGAAAGCAACUUUUUUUGAGUUCUUUUAUUGAUCAUAACACUAAAAGCUAGAAGCACUAAUACGCUUUACGGUAGUUGUCAUGUUAUGGUUGUUAUGAAAAAAGCCUAUUUUGUAUUUUUAAUUUUCAAUACUUGUACCUGUCCUGUUGGAAAUGUAUCAGUAGUAUUUUCUUUGGCAUGAAUGUUUGACAUAUGCAGUACGACAUGUACCAUGAAAACUGUUCGGUCUGUAUUGCUAAUAAGUGCUUUUAAAACAACCAUAUAGCUGAAAUAAAGUUCUCAAUGAACUGCCAGGCUUUAGGAGUUUGUUUUUGUAACUUUUUCCUCAUCAUUGGCUUUUUUAUUUUUUUUAUUUACGUGUGGCUCAGAGUUACUGAGCAGCAAAUUA